CUUGGCCCCGUGGCCUCAUCCGAUCCCUUUCCCCAUCCGCGUCUCGACUCCUCUCCGCUCCCUCCCCUCUCGACGACGCGAGGAGGCGACGCAAUCCCGCGGGAGCUCGAAACCCUAGCUCCCAAAUCCGAGCCUCGGAGCCGCCGAUUCCUCCGGUGCCCGGCCGCGAUUCGGCUCACGAAGCCGCUGGCCGCCUAAGGUUCGACCGCUCCCCGGCGGCAUCAGCAUCGGCGGCGGCAGGCGCUGCGCUCGAGGAGGCGCAUCGUCUCGACGGGUUCUCAGUCUCCGAGGCCUUCCCUCGGGCGGUUUCGUGGUGUCCCGAGCCCGGAUCCGCGGCGAUCCGGGAGGGGAAGGCAAUGGACACGGCGAUCCAGCCGUGGUAGCCCCCCAAUUCGGAGGGUUUCCGGCUGGCAGAGGCGGAAGGAUUCGGGCCUUCGGCGGCGGCGGGUGAUCGGACUUUUUCCCUGCGGCGUGCGGCUUGGCUUCUUCAUCUACGGUGUAGGAGUGGAGCGCAUGAGCCGACAAGGCGGUGGAGAUAAAAAAAGCUUUGCUUGUACACUUGUUUAUGUGUUCAUUUGUUCUUGCGGUUUGUCCUGGUUCAAAGCAUCAAUUUUUCCGCUCAAAUUAAGGGCGAAGACAGUUUUUUUUUGUUGUUUCUUGCUGGUUUCUAUCGAAUAAUCUCUUUAUUACAGAAGAAGAGUGGAAAAGGAAAAAAAUAAAAACAAAAAAGAUAAAUCAGAAGAAAAAGAAAGGCAAAAAAUUGAGUGGGCAGGCAAAUGGCUGUGUAUUAUAAAUUCAAGAGUGCCAGAGACUAUGACUCGAUUCCGAUCGAGGGGCAAUUCAUCUCGGUUGCCAAUUUGAAGGAGCGGAUUUUUGAGUCCAAGCAUCUUGGCAGGGGUACAGAUUUCGACCUCAUGAUCUCAAAUGCUCAGACUGAUGAAGAGUAUGCUGAUGAGGCUACUAUGAUACCAAAGAACACAUCAGUAUUGAUUCGGCGGAUACCAGGACGGCCAAGGAAGCCUAUUGUCACAGAACCUGAAGAGUCCAAAGUCGCAGAAGAUGUGGUUGAAGUUGUGCCUGCUGCUAGUGGUUUUCUUGGUGAUUCAUCAAUGAAAUAUCCUGAAGAAUCCGAGUGGGAUGAUGAGUUUGGCAAUGAGUUAUAUGUUUCUGAUUCGCUCCUUUCUCAGCCUGCUAGCCAGGCGGUUGAUGCUUCUGAAAAUAAAGUUGAUGAAGACAGUAAAAUAAAAGCACUUAUUGAUACAUCCGCCCUUGACUAUAGCCAAAUCCCUGAUGGUUAUGGUUCUGGAAGAGGUUAUGGUAGGGGGAUGGGUGGCAGAAUGAUGGCUGGCCGUGGCUUUGGACGUGGGCUGGAACGCAAGACACCUCCUCCAGGUUAUGUUUGUCAUAGAUGUAAAGUACCUGGCCAUUUCAUUCAACAUUGCCCAACAAAUGGUGAUGCUAGAUAUGAUGUGAGAAGGAUGAAACCCCCAACUGGCAUUCCAAAAUCAAUGUUGAUGCAAACUCCGGACGGUUCAUAUGCACUGCCAAGUGGGGCUGGUGCUGUUUUGAAGCCCAAUGAAGCUGCUUUUGAGAAGGAGAUAGAGGGCCUACCCACCACCCGCUCUGUUGGCGAUCUUCCACCGGAGCUACGCUGCCCAUUGUGCAAAGAAGUAAUGAAGGAUGCUGUUCUAACUAGUAAAUGCUGCUUUAGGAGUUUCUGUGAUAAAUGCAUCAGGGACUACAUAAUUAACAAGUCAGUGUGUGUCUGUGGUGCCACAAGCAUAUUAGCUGAUGAUCUUCUCCCCAAUAAAACUCUAAGAGAAACCAUCAGCCGCAUAUUAGAGGCACCACCAACUAGCAGCACUGAAAAUGUGGGAAGCAUGGUCCAAGUACAGGACAUGGAGUCAGCUCUACCUGUACAAACUAAGGUUAGAUCUCCUGCUGUUUCUGCUGCUUCAAAGGAGGAGACCAAAGCACCCACACCUGUAGAAGAGUCUCCUGAUGCUGAGAGCCUCAAUGGAGCAAAAGCUACAAAUAUCGAUGUGAGCUCUUCAGAUAAGAAGGCUACCACAAUUCCGGAUGUCGCUGAAGGGACCAUGGAGUCUAAGAAUGUGAAAGAAGAUAAGCCACUAGAAGUGACUCCUGUAGCCAAAGAUUCUCAAGAAAAGUUGCCUUCAGGGGACCAAGCAGUAAAGAAGAAGAAAAAGAAGAAGGCACGUGCUCCAGGAAAUGCUGAUGAGCAGUGGAAAAAUUUUCAAGAUUUUGGAGCUGAAAAUUUUGCGGGAAUGCCUUUGGGUCCAGCUGGAGCUUUCAACCCUUACUGGGGCGGAGGAGUGCCAUUGCCAAUGGAUUACAUGGGUGCACCAUUUCCUGGUCCCAUGCCUUACAUGGGUUACCCACCAGCUCCAUUCGACCCUUUUGGUGGGGGUGUUCUCCCACAAGAUCCAUUUAUGCCCCCAGGAUACAUGAUGCCAGGAGUUCCUAGGGAUCUUUCGGAAUUAGCAGUUAACCCUAUGGGAAUAAAUAUGGGCCCACCAAUUGUGGGCAGGGAAGAAUUUGAUCCCAGGAAACGUGAUCAUAGGAGACGUGAAAUGGACCGAUUCAAUGAAAGGGAGAGGGAGCGUGGCCGUUCUCGGGAGCCGCGUGGCCGUUCCAUGGAGAGGGAGAGGGAACGGGAGCGCGAGCACAGGGAAAGGGAGUGGGAACGUUCCCGGGAGAGGGAGCGCGACCGCGAGCUGGAGCGGGAACGAGCGAGGGACAGGGAACCUCGAAGGGAAGCCAGAGAAUCCUCAGGGGCCAUUAACGAUAGUACCUCGAUGAGGCGGAAGGAUAGGUCGAGGUCCCACUCCCAGCCCGACAGGUCGGAGCGCGCGCCGCCGCCGCCGCCGCCGUCGUCCAGCCCCGACCACCGGCACUCGCGGCGCUCCCCGCACCGCUCCUCCAGCUCGGGCAAGAAGCGCUCCUCGUCCGACCGCUACGACGACCUCCCGCUGCCGCCUCCCCCUCCGCCGCCCACGUCGCGGCACGAGCCGGAGCCCGCCAAGGCGCAGGCGGCGGCGGCGGCGUCCAAGUCCAAGGCCAGCGUCUUUUCCCGCAUCAGCUUCCCCGGCGGCGGCGGCGACGGCGCGAACCCCUCCGACGCCAAACGCAGCCGCAGGGCGUCCUCCGACAAGCCCCCCGCGCACUCCUCUUCCUCCUCCAGGAAGGGCGCCGCGGCGGCCGAGGACGGCGACGGCCGCCACCACCGCGGCGGCCACCGGCACCACCAGAACCACCGCGAGCCCGCCGCGGCUGCGGAGGAGAAGCGGAGGCCAGCCGCCGCCGCGACCGAGUACUACGCCGGCGGCGAGGACGAGGAGGAGAGCGAGGAAGAGGAGCAGCACUUCAAGCGGCGCCCGUCCUCGUCCUCCCGGCGCGAGCAGGAGGCGCAGGAGGAGCAGCCGCGGCACUCGCGGCGGUCCAGGGACCACAAGCGCCGGUGAGGCGGAAGGGCGCGCACCGCACCUACCUGCUGCCGCUUCUCCGUCGUCCUGUCGCGUCCGUGAUAAAAAAAAAAGCUAGCCUUUGAGAGGUCGCCGGAAGCGAGCCUCCCGAGAGCAGAGCGCCCGCGCGCUGCCUCUCUUUCGUGUCCGUGCUGUCGGGUCAUGUACAUUGCCUCCCGCGAAUAUUCUGUUUUGCUAUAAUCGGAUCGGAACGGAACGGAUCAGAUGGGGAUUACAAUAAGUUUGAUUUGGUAGAUGUCCUGAUCGUUGUUUUUGUUACAA